AUGGUUGUAUUAUACUCUAAUGUUCUAUUAUAUUUUCCCGCAGAUGUUGCCGACAAACAAGUGAGAUUAGAUAUGUUCGAGUUCGUGUCGGGCACUAUAGAACAGACGGCAGCUCUAGUAACGGGUGCGCUGUAUGAGUUAGCCAAAACAUUCAAAAUCACCUCAGAGAGCACUUGGACAGCGUGCUGGACGAGCAUCAGGAACAAGUCACAAUCGACAAAUUGGAUCGGUUACCGUGCUUGGAAAACGUGUUAA